GUGGAAAUUGGGGACGCCUGAAGCUUCCCUUCCAUUUAUCAGAUUAGUAUUGUAUGAACGAGACGGACAACGGAGGUACUACUGGCAGGGUCUUCAUUUUGAUGCGACAUUUCUCUAAACUGUGCUAAAUCUUCCAAUUCCCCGACUCUUCUCCGUUUCUCCCAUCUUCAUAUUGCAAUGCUUCUCUUGUCCCCCGUACCAUUGUCACUCUCGGAAAUAUGCACAUCGUGGACUCACAGCCAACCCAUCCGGAGCACGAAAUAGUAUCGCCGUUUGUGUAACAUCUCUCUUAGAGAUUGCCUGUCUGCCGCCGCAAGCAAAUUGCGAACUAGAUCUCCACCGUUGCUUUAUUGCUUCCCGUUUCAAGCCUCCGGUUUCUCGAUACCCCCGGACACUACUCUCUUUCAAUAUGGACACUCUGCUCACUGCCGACAUCAUGGCCAACUCGCCGCGUGUCCGGCGCCGGUCGAGCGUAUACGUCGAUGCCAUCCACGAUCUCCCCGAAAAGGAAGUGAUGGCGCCCGCCCAACUGUAUAGCACCGAGUCUGGCCGUCUAUUUCAUUCCGGAAGGAUCGUCAUCGCUACCGUUGGCUUGCCAGCUCGUGGCAAGACUCAUAUAUCCGUAGCCCUUGCCCGGUACCUUCGCUGGCUUGGGGUGAAGACCCACGUCUUCCAUCUAGGAGAUUAUCGGAGAGCGACAAUGGGACCGGGCACCGAUGUCCCGAAGGAUUACUUCCAUAUCAAUGCGUCCCCUUCCUCGGUGUUGUUAAGGAACAAGAUCCUGAAGAAGUGCCGGGAGGACAUCUUCCAUUUCCUCGACCAUGAGAACGGCCAAGUGGCCAUCUAUGAUGCCGUGAAUGCCAUUUCCGAAGGCAGACGAGCACUGGCGAAAGAAUUCGCCAAACAUCAAGUUCAAACGCUGUUCAUCGAGUCCCACUGCACGGACGAGCGCAUAAUCGAAGACAACGUCCGCAAUGUUAAGAUCUCAUCCCCGGACUACAAAGGAUGGUCCGACGAGCUUGCCGUCAAAGACUACUUGGCCCGUCUGUCCGCCAGAAUCCCGCAUUUCGAAACUAUGGAAGAGCAGGACUUGCAUUGGGUAAAGCUGAUAAAUGCCGGAGAGAGGGUCGUUGUUAACAACUGCGCAUUCGGAUACUUGUCCCAGCGCAUCGUCUUUUACCUUCUCAAUUUGCAUACGAAGCCGAGACAAACCUACUUUGCCCGCGCUGGGACGACCAAACACGAAGACUCCUACAAAGCCGAUGCUGCUCUCUCGGAAGAAGGCAAAGACUACGCCCGGAAGUUAACUGAAAGAUUGAUCAAGCAUCGUGAGCAAGAGCGUCAGGCCUUGAUCGACCGAGGAGGCCCGGAGAAUGCGUUGGUGCCGAUGACAGUCUGGACAAGCACGAGGCGACGGACUAUCGAAACAGGGCAGUACUUCGCCAAGAACGGUUAUGCCGUAAUUCCCCGGAGCCAGAUGAGCCAAAUGAAUCCAGGAGUUUGCGAGAAAAUGAGCGAGAAACGGAUCAGAACAGAGUAUCCGGAUGAGGUGAUAAAGCAUGAGGCCGACCCAUAUCAUCAUCGAUAUCCAAGAGCAGAGUCUUACCAUGAUCUGGCAGUCCGACUGGAGCCCAUCAUUCUCGAGCUGGAGCGAGAACAGAACGACGUCCUCAUCAUUGCUCAUGAAAGCGUCCUCAGGGUCCUCUAUGGCUAUCUGAUGGCUUGCAACGCGGCGGAUAUCCCGAAGAUCGAGUUUCCACGCGAUGAGAUAAUUGAGAUCAUCCCCGCUUCCUACAACAACGAAGCGAAACGGAUUCAUAUCUCCGACGUCCCCGAAAAUAUCAUCCCGGGCUCGCCGGAAAACAUCUCGAUCCCCGUCCCGCCUUCCGUCCCACCGUCCGUCCCACAGUCGGGAGCCAUCACACCGCUGCCACUUCCCAGUGGAGCAGGAACGCCUGUGUCAGGCUCACAAUCGCCAGCGGUACCCGAGCCAGGAUCCAGGCCCGCGGGGACGCCUUUUACCGUGCCGCAGCCAUUAAACCUGAAGGACACACACAUUGAUCCAUCAAGCUGAGCUGUCGGUCGGGACAGCUUUGUAUGACUUACGAUUUGGAAGGAUAUUGCGAACUGGAGCGAAUACACAUGUCCGGAUGAUGAGAGAUGAGAUAAGGCAUUGCUUCGGAGUUUGAUUGCGGGCUACGUUUAGAUGGGUGUAUUAGUGUCUGCUGUCAUAGAACCGUUGCUGUCCCAAGCCGGUCCAAUAUACCUUCGGCCCUCGCCAUUAUGUCUAUUCUAUACCCGGUCUAUGCAUCUUGUACACAGGCUACAUGGCCUUUCGUCCACUCCUUGAUCAACUCAUCUGUAACCCCUCGCACCAUGACAUGAAAGUGCUCCAGCGCCCGCACGCUCUGCAGCGCCGUCCAGUUCUUAAACCACAGCACCCUCUCGCUCGCCGGCAAUUCAUGUCCGUCCGCCUCUAGCUUGACUCGAAACGUCCGACGCACGAAAUGAUCGAUCGAGUCCCACGAUUCCCGCGUCAA